CCAUGUUUAUGAAAAUAAUGCUGUGCCUACCUUGAGUCUACACCCAGAGUACACCUCCGUUUAUAUGGAAGAACAACUGACCUUCAUGUGUGAAGUGAAGAUUGAUUCUACAGACUGGGAAUAUCAGUGGUUCCAAAACAAUCCUCAAGAACAAAUUCGAAAGGGUGACCCGAGAAAUACGACUUACACGAUCCAAUCUGCCUCUGGGAAUGAUGGGGGUGAAUUUCGGUGUAAAACUAAGAGAGGGGCGUACGUGUCAGAAUUUAGCACAGCUAUACAAAUAGAGAUUUUAGCUCGUCCUACAGCGCUGGUGAACCUGGAGACUGGGUGGUCAGACAUUCUCUCUGUGGACAGCUUGACAUUAUUGUGUGAGGUAGACGAUACAAGCAUCGUCUGGAACUACACAUGGUACAAAGAUGGCAAGGAGAUAACAAAUGAAACUCAAAAAGAUCUUCAUAUCAAAGCCACCAAGGAAAACUACCGGAGUAGAUAUUGUUGCAAAGGGAUCCAAACCAACCGUCCAACAUAUUCCAUGCUUAGUGAAGCUUUUGUAGCAAACAACAUUGUUCUCAAACGGCAAAUACUUCUAGCCAUUUCUGGCUGUUUGGUUGUUGGCUUUGUCCUCAUUGUUGUAGGUUGUGUCUAUCUGAAGUUCACCCGCAAGCCAGAAAAAGAGAGCAAAAAUGAACCAGACCUGUUUUUUUCCAUGGCUGAACUAAAGUCACAAAAAACUGAGUCUGCAGAGUCUUGUCUUUCUGAAGGGGUGCUGAAAGAAGGUCAGUACGCAGUUUAG